AUGUGGGCCGCGGCCCCUCUCCUGCUGCUGCUGCUGCUGCCGCUGCCGCCGCUGCUGCUGCUGGCGCGCCGGUGGCGGCGGGAGGCGGCCGCGCUAGAGCCGGCCGGCCGGGCCGUGCUCAUCACCGGCUGCGACAGCGGCUUCGGGCACCUGCUGGCGCUGCGCCUGCACCGCCUCGGCUUCACCGUGUUCGCCGGUUGCCUCCGCCCCGGCGGCGAGGGGGCGCGGCGGCUGCAGCGGGAGGCGGCGGCGGACGCCGGGCGGAUGCGCGUCCUGCGGCUCGAUGUCACCCGCGGGCGCGACGUGCUGGCGGCCAAGGAGCUGGUGCUCAGCCACCUGCCCGAGCGAGGUUUUUGGGGGCUUGUGAACAAUGCAGGAAUUUCAACAUUUGGUGAGACGGGGUGGCUGUCAAUGGAGAAAUAUGAAAAGUUUGCGGAUGUGAAUCUUCUUGGGAGCAUCAGGACAACCCUGGCAUUUCUUCCUCUGCUAAGAAAAUACAAGGGACGCAUUGUUUUCAUGUCCAGCAUCAUUGCCUAUUUUACUCUGGGAAAUGGCAUUUAUUCUAUGACCAAGGCAGCUAUUGAAAAAUUCUGUGAUGCUCUAAGACUGGAAAUGAAGAAGUUUGGUGUCCAGGUCUGUAUUAUUCAGCCAGGAAAUUAUGCACGAUCUACAAAAAUUCAGCCACCAGUCAGUGCUGAAGAGAUCUGGAAUGAACUCAGUGAAGAGGAAAAGGCAGUUUACAAUAAGGAGUACGUUCAGGAACGGGCAGACUUUUUCAACAACAUUCUCAGCAAAGGAAGCACAAAUGGCAAUGAGGUUGUAGAUGCUAUGGUAGAUGCUCUCAUGUCUCCUGCACCCAAGGCACGUUACAUGGUAGCAAAGCUUAAGGAAAAAGCACUGGUGUUUGUAUGUGCUUUAUUCCCAACUGUUGUGAUGGAUUCUGUUUUGUCUUAUGCACUCAGUAAAGUAAAACUUGCAUAGCUGACUUUGAUUCUGUUCAGUGACUCGGCAAUUUGUUAAACUGUCAAAGCAAGGACUCCAUAUAGUGUCCCCAGAAACUGUAUGAUGACAUCAGUUAGCUGACAGAAACUUUGGAGGGUCUCCCUACUCAGAACAGUCACUUGUUCACAGAGAAAUACAUCAUAAAUUUGUCCAGCAACUGUAUUUCUCUCAUGGAAAAAGACAGGGCCACUCAUGCUGCUCUAGGUAUUGCCUAGAAAAUGUAAUGCGGCUUCUCCUAAUGCAGUACCAAAUUACAGCAUUAGAGACGUGACAGAGACGAAAUGGAGCAUAUCCUAAAGGGCAACUGCGUAUCUGAAAUCAUUAUGACAGAGGUGAAAAUACCUUAUUUGUAGGAGCCUGAAUAGUAAUUUAUUAGAGGUAGUGGGAAGAGGUUAAUGGAAAAGUUAGGCAUGACUAACAGACUUUGAAAUACUUUGAAUGGAGAUAAGUGGCUUCAGAAAGUUAGGAAGAGCUACGUGAGUAAUAAAGUUGUGUUCGUACCAAUGGAAACAGUAGCUUGGGUAACUACAGCUCAGUACUUUUUCUGGUGUUAUGGAUAAAUGUGUAACAAAGCAUAUGUGUAUGGGCAAUGAAAAAUAAGUAGUACAUUUCAUUUACAACUGAAUAUUAAAUUCUAAUAAACUCUAUUUAUUUAAUGUCUGGAUUAAUCAGUGCAUUAACCCAAAAUGUAGUCAGAGAGCUGAGACCAAGGCAGUAGGUAUCAGCAUGCAGUAGCAACU